UCGACAGACAAAAAACAACAACAACAACAACAACAACAAAAUGUUUAACAAAAUUAUCAUUUUAACGAUAUGUUUAUUAUGGAUAUUUGAUUUAUCCGCUUGUGGUGGUGGUGGUGGUAGUUAUGGUGGAAAUUCCCGUGGUUUUAGUGGAUUUGGCAGCAGCAGCAGCAGUGGUGGUGGUGGUGGUGGAUAUAGCCGUAUGAUGGGUGGCUUUCAUUCGGCUGGUUUAGGUAUGGACAAAUUUAUUCAUCAUCAACAACAAAUCAAUAUUGGUGAUAUGAACAUUGAUCAACUUGGUGCUGGACGCCAGGUGAAAUCAUUCAACGGAUUGGGUCCGGAAUUAGCUCAUUUAGGCACCGGUAUUAGUUCUGCUAUUAGUGGCGGAAUUGGUGCUUUUAUGGGUUUACAAGCUGUUGGUGGAUCUAGUAGUGGUGGAAGUGGGUCUGGUUAUGGCGGAAGCAUGGGUGGAAGUAGCACAGGAUAUGGAGGAAAAAUGGGUGGAAGUGGUGGCGGUUAUGGUGGAAGUAUGGCAGGAUACGGAGGCGGUUCAUCAAGAGGUGGUGGUCGUAUAAAUGCAGCUGUAUUCUCAACACAAACAUUCGAAACCAAACCCGUACAAUCACAAAUUGGACCAAUCGAACCACAAAUAAUCGAAGUUGAAGGUAACGAACUACCGGUGGAAAUUGUUUUCAAAUCAUCAUCCAGUCGUAUUAAAGUACGACAAGAUCAUCGAAUGCAAGGACCAGGUGAAACUGAAUAUAAUCAAUAUGAAGAAGAACCACAUCGAUUAGUAACACAAGUUCGAAAACCAAUCAUACAAGAAGUUCGAGAAAUUAUUUCACCAAAAAGAAAAGUGAUACAAGAAAUUGAACCAGUUAUUGAAGAAAUUCAUACAGUUGUCGCUGAAGGACAAGGUGGACAUGGUAACAGUGAUUAUGGUGGAUCAGGCGGCGGAUAUGGUUCAUCAGGCGGUGGCAGCAGCAGCAGCGGUGGUUAUGGAGGAUCGAGCGGUGGAUUCAUGUCACAGCAACGUACAACCAAUUAUGCUUCAUCAGCAGCUGCUAAAGCUAAAGCUAAAGCCAAGGCAAAAGCUUAAUUUUUGCUCAUUUUUCGUCAAGUGAUCAAUCAGUGAAUUAUUCAAAUUUUUUAUUUAAAAAACAUUUUAUU